AUGCUUUCCAUCUUGAUACUCCUCGUGGUUGCACUCGGUGCCAUCGCGCACACCACUCCAGACGGAUGUCCGCGCAAGGUGGGUGCGGAAGGCGUGAGGGUUCGCAUACCACCAACCUUCAAUACCACCGCUCAUGCCCACCGCGGUAGGCCAUGGCAAGCACCACCCGUCGGAUUUUACUUCAAGCCAUGGUCCAUGAUACUUGCGUCGAACCCUCAGUAUGCUGCGAUGCGGAAUGUGCAAUACGACCCGACACCGAUCGACCCCUCGGAGCCCACCGGACUUGUGAACGACCUCUUCUCAUUCCAGUUCCCGGGGAAUGACACCGUCUUCACCACAUAUGGCGUCGACACACCGCAUCCCUACCUGCCUGCAGUGCUAGAUUUUGCAGCAACCGGAAUCUUGGCGGGAGCUACCUGCCAAUACAGCAUUCUAGUUUGGGGCUGCGACGCGAACAGAGUCCCUUACUACGCGAGCUAUUCGACGGCAGUGGAGCUCACCCAAACGCCCCCAGGUAUCGACCUGUUGAGCACGAGUGAUCAAGGACCUGAUCAGAAAACGAUCGAUGCUGUGCUGACGGCCUUGAGAAAGCUGGACAAUGAAGAGAUCACCAAGUAUGUUGCAGCAUUAGAGAGGAUGGUGCAGGAUGGCGGCAGAAGAGGCAUGCCCAGGUAUGUUGCUCUGCGUUACCCGUGUCAUGUGUUUGCUGCUCAGUCCCCGUCGCAUGUGUGGAAGUAUGGAAGUCGCGGCCGGCGCAGGGCAUCAGCGUUCAGCAGUGGCUCCUCCGCUGCAGCGCAAACUUCGACGAACAACGACGCGACCACAUUCCCUAGAUUCGAAUCAACUUCCGACACAAUGGCGAAGCGCAAACUCAACGAACACGACGUGCCAGAGGUGACAUCGAGCGACGAGUCGCAGUCCGAGCCCCGCAGCUCGCCCGAACCCACGACAUCCACUGCGACUGCGACUGCGCCCGCGACCGCUGCCACGCCGAAGAAGAAGAAGGGUUCCAAGGCGAAGCCUACUGCCGAGCCAGUACCCAUAGCCGCUUCAUUUGCCGAACUACAACUCGAGCCCCGUCUGCUGAGAGCGAUCCGCGACUUAAAAUGGGCAUCACCAACGGCAGUACAGUCCCAAGGCAUACCAUUAAUACUGGAGGGACGUGACGUCCUUGCACGUUCGGGGACAGGCACCGGAAAGACGGGAGCAUAUCUUCUCCCCAUCCUUCACAAGACGCUGCAGCAGAAAGGCCAAUCGCUCAUCCUGGCGCCUACUAAGGAACUCUGCUCACAAAUCGCGACAGUCGCGAAAUCGCUCUCUCAACACUGCGGACAAUCGAUCCGGGUCCGUAACAUCGCUGGCAAGGAAUCAGAUGUCGUCAUCAAGGCAGCCCUCGCGGAUAAACCAGAAAUCGUCGUCGCGACACCAGCGAGAGCAUGGGCAAACAUCAACAGUUCUGCCAUGGCAGUCAGCGACAUCAAGAUGCUUGUAGUCGACGAGGGUGACCUGAUCAACGGUUACGGGUUCGCGGACGACAUGGAGAACAUUGCUCGGGAGAUUCCUGUUGGAGUCCAGAAGAUCGUCCUUUCAGCGACUCUCUCAACCGAUGUUGAGGCGCUCGGCAGCCUGCUCUGUACGGAUCCAGUUGUACUGAAGCUACAAGACCUGGACAAAGACUCGCAGAAGGUCAAGCAAUACGUUCUCAAGGUAGCAGAGGACGACAAGUUCCUCCUGCUUUUCGCUAUGAUGAAACUCAAUCUGGUACAUGGGAAGAGGUCAUACCGUGUUAAACUCUUCCUCGAGCAAUUCGGCAUCAAGGCGAUCGUACUCAACUCCGAACUGCCGCUGGCGUCCCGAACACACAUUGUAGAGGAGUUCAAUAAAGACCUCUACAAGAUCCUGAUUGCUUCGGACGAAACCGACGUCGUUGGCGUGCAAGACGAGUCGCGACCAAAGAAGAAAGCGAAAAAGGACAAGGAGACCGACUCCGGCGUCUCUCGCGGCAUCGAUUUCCUGAACGUAAGCUGCAUAAUCAACUUCGACUUCCCCGGGAACUACAAAUCAUACUUUCAUCGAAUUGGACGAACAGCACGAGCUGGCAAGUCUGGCACUGCCAUUUCGUUCAUUAUCCCGAAGGACAAAUACCGCAAGCAUAAGCCCACUACAUUUGCGGGAUGUGAACACGACGAAGAGGUUCUCAAGAAGGUAGAGCAGCAUCAAGAAGAGGGUCAAAAGCUGGAGGAUUACCAAUUCGACAUGAAACGGUUAGAGCCAUUCCGAUACCGGUUCGCAGAUGCCCUGAAGUCGGUGACCAGGAUCGCCAUUCGCGAGGCACGUAUCAAGGAAAUUCACAUGGAGCUGGCCAAGUCGCAGAAGUUGUCCCGAUACUUUGAAGAGAACCCUGAAGCGCUCGCGCAUCUCCGCCACGACCAGACUCUCAACCAUCCCGCCAGAAUACAACCCCACUUACGGCAUAUUCCCGAUUAUCUCCUACCAGGUGGGAAGAAGCCGCAGGAUGUUGGCUUUGUCGGCCUCAACAUACCAAGGGCGAAGAAGACAUACGCCAAGGGCAAGGGCAGGAAAGUGACAACGCCACUAUAUGCACGCGCUAAAGCAAGCGAAAUCUCAGUUUCGUUUGGUAUCCUGUCGCUGAGCGACAAAGUCAUUAUUGAACAGGACGGUGACUACAAGAUCGAGAACGAGAAAUACCUGCCGUUCGAGUGCAAAGAAGUGCUUGGUAACGGCUGGAGCGCUGUCGUGCAGAAGGUGGAACACAGGCAAACAAAGGAACUGUUCGCAAAGAAGGUGAUCAAUUUUCCUCGUAAGGGCAAAAGCAGGGAACAGGCUGAGGAGCGAUACCACAAUGAGGUUGCUAUCAUUCGCAGUCUAAGGACUCAUACGCACAUCAUUCGAUUAUUCGCUACGUAUACGACGUCGCGAUCUGGCGGACUACUUUUACAACCUGCUGCAGAUGAAGGAGAUCUGCAUGACUACCUCGACAAAUUUGCCGACCUGGUCGAACAUCCCGCAAACCCUUCCACCAAUCUGGAAGAGAUGACUAAGAUUCUCGAACAGGCCUUCGGAUGCUUAUCAAGUGGCCUAGUAUACAUGCACAAGAAAGGGAUACGUCAUAAAGAUAUCAAGCCGCGCAACAUCUUGAUCCAUCAGGGUAUCGUGAUACAUACUGACUUUGGGGCGUCAAAAGAUACUACCAAGGAUGGCCAAUGUACUACAGAAUGGGCACCCGAUUCUGUGACUCGAAGCGGCUUCUCUUGCUCGAAUUGUCGCUCCAUCGAUCUACGCGCACCUUCAGUAUCAAAGCCCGGCAGGGCGGACAAUGUCCAAGGAUGGACGUGGAGCCACGAAUACCAGGAGUACUACUAUAUCCAAUAUGAUCAGUACAAUCGCCCUGUUUACUAUUGGCGUCCACAGGCUCAAGCCUACGUCCAACAAGCUGGGUCUCACGCGCCCGACACGCGUCCCAAUCAAGACUCAGCGAUUGAGCCGCAGAUGCCCGAGCCAGCUCCCCGAGACGUUCGUACGCUACAAGGUUUCAUAUCAGGCACGCCACAGACUGGGUGGUACGAUGGUCUAGACAUUGCUUAUCGAAUGCGAACUGGUCAGGAAGCGCGAGAGUUUUUCAAGGUGGGAAAGGUGUUUGCCAUGCUAUACACCGAGACAGUAAGCGACACCUCCGUACAGCACCCCAACGACGACGCAUACACAGUGAUACGUGCGAUUAUCGGACGUCGUGGCAAAGUGUUGAUUCGUGUUAGUGGUAUCGGUACCUAUUCUGGUCGUGGCACUCUCAAGGACGGGUGCAAUCCAGCCGAACACACAAUCGUGUACUUCUCCGGGACUGAUCCUGCAUCGUGCUACAUUCCCGGCGAAUAUGAGACUGGCAUGACCAAAGAGCCAAUCGAGGUUUUGCCAGCUGAAUCAAGCAUAAGUAUCAGGAGGGAGUCUCGCAUUCGGUUUGGGAAAGUGUAUCCAAUCGAGAUGAACGUGAAGGUCAAGGAUAUUGGCCGAGUUCGCGAAGAUCAGAUCAGUGCAUUGCUCAGCUACUGGUCGCAGGAAAACCAUACGGCGAGCCUUGCAUUUGCUCUUUAA